AUGACACCCAACAGCUCUAGCUUCCGUCCCUCCCUGCACCCCAUCGCCGAGUCUCCAACUGCAGCUUCCAUCUCACCUCGGGAAAAAGAUGCCACUGACCGCGACGCCAGGCAUCUCGUCAGCAACAACGCCUUGUCUCGCCGCCCUCGCCCUGACCGACCUCCUCCUCCUCCUGCUCCCUCGAGACGCCUCCCCUCCAAGAGACACGCGGCCCCUCUGGAACUCUUCCGCCUGAUGAUGCCGGACGUCCCGACGUCCCCGCGCCCCGAGGCCGACCAGCCCGCCACGGCGUCUUUGUCCUCGUCCCUGCAGCAUCAGAAAGCCCCCCUCGGUAGCUCGCCGGGCGCCGCCGCCCCGUCCGCCACCGCGCCCGACCCCGCCCCAGACGCAGACCCAGACGCAGAUACCGCAGCCGCGGCCGAACCCGGAACCGAACCCGCCCCCAAACUCGACCCCGCUGGCUUCUUCACCCUCGUCUCCAACGCGACGACCAACUCGACGCACCACCCGACCGUCAAGUACAUCUUCCUCGACGACGACCCGGACACCCUCACCGCCGCCCUCGCCGCCCACCACGCCGCGAACCAGGCCGCCCCGACCCCCUCCGCCUCGACGUCCAAGCCCGCCGCCCCCGGUGGCAAGAACCCGCCACCGAGCGCCGUCGACCGCGCCGUCCUCCUUGACGUCGUCCCCGGCGCCGACGGCCAGUGGACGGUCGCCUCCGCCGCGAGCCUCAGCGCCGACUUCGCCGUGACGGACGCCAGCAUCGCCCGGCAGGAGGGCGAGAAGGAGGGCGGGCUGGUCCUCAAGAUCGAGGGCGUCGAGAGUGAGGGCGCUGCCGGCGGCGAUAAAGACAGGGACCGCGCCGAGAGCCUGCCCAGCUCCAGCAGCGCCGUCGCCAGGUCGGGCGGCGAGGAGUACGGGCCCCUUCUGGAGGACUUUGAGCGGAAGAUGAGCGUGCUCCGACGGGUCGUCAAGGCCGGCGAGGGCAGGGCCGAGAAGGCCCGCGAGAAGAAGCCUGCGUCCGACGAUACCGGGCCCAAGCAGGAGACCGAGGAGUGA